AUGCCUGACAACCUAACCAUUGACAUUAAUGAUGUCGAUGAGUUGAAAACAGAGAUCAAGCAGUUGCAGAUAUAUGUGGUACACAUGGCGCAUGAGAAUGAUAUUUCAGACCGAAAAAUGUGGAAGAAGAUCAAAGAGAUAGCCACGAUUAUGGAGGAAUUAAGAAAGGAUGUUAAGACAAAAGGGGUGGAGGAUUCGAGUGAGGAAGAAGAAGGUGGUGAGGAAGAGGGUGGUGAGGAAAAUGAUGGUGAGGAAGACGCUGAAGAAGAGGGUGGGGAGGAAGACAUUGAGGAACAAGAUGUAGAGGAGGAAGAAAGAGAGGAUCCCGAAGGGGAAGAAACCAAGGAAUCAAAAGGGAAAAAAGGUGAGAACAGAGGGAAGAAGAUUAUGGUUGAAAAGGAGGAAGAGCCUUUGAAGGUGUUGCACGAGACUGUUGAUUGGGACAGUCCCACAGAUAUAUGUGCAAAGCUUCUUAACUUGUUGGGAGAAGCAGUACCGGACCGGCAUCAAGAAGUCGAUCUUUUCGAUGUUGAUGAUGACGUAGUGGUAUUCACAUUUGGUUUCCAGCAUUUGGGAACCAAAAAGAACAUCCGUUUUAUAAGAGCGACGGCGAAAUUUAUGGCACAUAAAAGGGAUCAGAAAAAGAAAUGCAAAGUGGCCAUAGAUCAUACGGCGAUGGUCUUUGACCUCACCAAAUGCCCAAAACUCUAUGCCUGUCAGCCCUUGGAGGACAUUAUGUAG